GCAGUUAUCUAGAGUUGGGAGCAGCAGUUGGGAGUUGGCUCUGUCCGGAAGCAGUCGAGAUUAAGUGGAACCGAAUCUUAAUCUAAAGUAAAACCAGGUUCGUAACACUCAGACCGGGAGUCCAUACGUCUUCUCGGCAUCUAAGAAGAAAAAGAAAAGAACAACAUGGAGGCCGUGAAGAAGAAGAUGAACACCCUGCGUGAGCAGGCGGAAAAGGCCAAGGAGAGGGAGGACCAGCUGUUCAGGGAGGUGAGCGAGGAGAAGAAAAGCAGAGAGCAGGCGGAGCAGGAGAUGUCGGCUCUGACCCGCCGUCUACAGUCAAGUGAGGAUGAACUGGACACAGUUCAGGAGAGACUGGAGACUGUGUUACAGAAGCUGAACGAGGUGCAGAGAGUGGCCGACGAGAGCGAGAGAGGGAAGAAAGUCAUAGAGAAUCGAUCCAUGAAAGACGAGGAAAAGUUUGAGGUUCUUGACGUUCAAGUGAAAGAAGCAAAAAAGAUUGCAGAGGAGGCUGACCAGAAAUAUGAAGAGGCCACUCGUAGGGUGGCCAUGGCAGAAGACAAGCUGGAACAAGCUGAAAUUCGAGCAGAGCAGGCUGAGAACACUGUGGGGAGGUUGGAGGAGCAGUUGAGAUCUUUUGACCAAUCUCUGAAGAGCUUCCAGGCAGCUGAAGACAAGUAUUCUCAGAAGGAAGACAGGUAUGAGGACGAGAUAGCGAAACUGAGCGGCAAACUCGAGGAGGCUGAGAGCAGAGCAGACCAUUCUGAGCGCUUGGUUUCUAAACUGGAGAAAAGCAUUGAGGUCAUAGAAGACCAACUGGCAGCCGCCAAAGCAGACAACAUUCGGCUGGAGGAGACUCUGCGUCAGACGAUGGAGGAGCUGAGUGCCUUCUGAAAACUCGUGCCGACGCCCGUCGUUGCUCCCUCAGUGACAGCGCCUCCUUCUACUGCUGCUAAGCUAAAGCUAAUGCUGACCUAAAUGGACAAGUCAAAACGCGUCUCUGUCCUCCUGCGCUCCUCACUAACUCACCUUCCUCUUGUGCACAUUCCUUUCUCUGAACAUUCCACAAGAUUGCAUGUACUCUUUACUUCCCCCUACAGUCCUCCCUCAAUAUUACACCAGGAGGUGCUGGGUAUUCUUUUUUUUAAAUGUUGGUGACCAAACAUUAAUUCCUUCACUAAUGGCUAAACAAUGCACUAAUCCAAGGUUUAUUUUAGUCUUUUUCUAAUCUAUUAAGUUUCCCAAUAUUUGAUUAAGCCAAACCCCUUUAUUAGCCAAUGACUAACUUUUGUUCUGAGGGGCGUGGUGUUGGGCAGCCAGUCAGAACAAGGCAUUCAACUAUUUUUUACAUGUGUAUCUACAAAUAAAUGUUAAUCCAGGGGCCAAUCAGAUGUCAGGGAAUUACAGGUCAACGAUGACCUGAUGGUGAUGUCAACACUGUGCUGAUGAUGUCACAACUCAUUGUAAUAAACCAUGACUUCACUGCG